AAAAAAAUAUUAUAAAAACCCCGUGUUCGUGUCAAUUUUUCGGUUUCGCGUAAUUGUUUAAUUUCUUUGUUUUUACUAAUAACAUAAUCAGUGUUUAUAUUUUUCAAUGUUCUGUUUAUAGUUAUAUUCGUCUUAUAAUGCAAAUGAUAAAUAAAAUAUGUUUAAAGAGGAUAUAAAUUAGGCGAUCAAAAUCCUUCAAAUAUACCCAAGAACUUAACUGAUCCAAAACGUUACAUGCAAUACUAAGUAUUAUUGUCACAAAAGGCUAUCCAAAUUAGGUAUUAGUAAUUUGUACUGCUUUGCGGAUUUGGGGUACAAGUGCAAUGUUUACUGAAAUUCUGCAGUAUUCCUGCGAUCUAUAUGCUGCAGAAAAGAUUAAAAGAAACCAUGGAACGUCGUGUUAAGCUUAAGACCAUAAAUCCGCACAUAACGUGCAAGAUCUGCGGUGGUUACUUUAUUGAUGCCACAACCGUCACUGAGUGUCUACAUACAUUUUGUAAAAGUUGUUUGGUAAAACAUUUGGAAGAAAAGAAAACCUGUCCCACUUGCGACAUGGUCAUUCAUCAGUCACACCCACUGCAGUACAUCAGCUUUGAUCGAACCAUGCAGGAUAUCGUUUAUAAGUUGGUACCAAAUCUACAAGAAGAUGAAAUGAGAAGAGAACGAGAUUUUUAUAAAAGUCGAAACAUUCCCUGCCCUAAAGAUAUGCCGCAAAAUCACGACGACGAUGAGAAAAUGCUCGAGGCACAUGCAGAAUCUGAUUUCCAUCGUCUAGACGAGCAGGUGAACGUAAGCCUCGAAUGUAUGAGCAAUAAUUUUAAAAAUUUGCAACGACGUUUUAUACGCUGCAGCUCACAAGCGACUAUAACGCAUUUGAAAAAAUUGGUUGCCAAGAAAAUUUUAAAUGGCAUUGACAAAUAUCGAGAGAUCGACAUACUGUGCAAUGAAGAAUUGUUGGGCAAAGAUCAUACGCUAAAGUUUGUGUAUGUGACGCGUUGGCGUUUUAGAGAUCCUCCUCUGCGCUUACAGUUUCGACCGCGAGUUGAUCUGAUCUUGUGUAUAACUUUGGAAGCUGGAAUUUAUAUCAUURCAUUGCAACAUAAAUCUAAACAUUUUGUGACUUCCUACCAUUCAAUUAAUGUUCUCAUUUUAAAUAUUUAAUUUCUUAUAAGAAAUUKUGUAGUAAGAAUACCUCCUACUUUACUAGUGUAUUUAUUUAAUAUUUUUCAAAUCAAAAUAUCAAAUAUGCUGUUC